UCCGUCCCCUUCCGGCCUUGUGGGGCUCGUUCGGCGUCACGAUCGGGUCUUUUCCCCCAACUGGGCUACCGAGCAAGCCGUGGAAUCCGGCGCUAUGACCACCUUGGGCCUUGCGGGACGGCUCAACCGUGUUCCGGCCAGAGCCUGGAGAACCGCAAGAUCACCCCUUUUGUGGCAUUCUUUGAGGAAAACGAGUUCUCUAGGAGGAAAGUCUGAACCUGCCAAACAAUCCCUUAAGAAGCCAAAGUUACCAGAAGGUCGUUUUGAUGUACCAGAAGGUUCCCAUUUAGAGAAAGAACCACUGGAAAAAUUUCCUGAUGAUGUUAAUCCUGUUACCAAAGAAAAGGGUGGACCCAGGGGCCCAGAGCCCACUCGAUAUGGAGAUUGGGAACGUAAAGGACGUUGUAUUGACUUUUAAGACACGUAUAAUUUUUCUGAAUAUGUACUUCUGAAUUAACUUAUUUUUUAUUAUUUUAUUUCUUACAUAGUUUAAGGCAUCUGAUUUCUAUAAUGUGUUUAAAAAUAUAUAUGAUGGCUUUGGAAGAAAAUGCGCUACUAUAAAUUGGGAAAGAAAAUAUUUCUACAUUAGCACAUAUGACUUUAAAUCUGUUGAGGUAUGGAAGUGAUUAUAGAGCUGCAAACUUUUACUUCAGCAUUUUUCAGUUUAAAUUAGUUACUUGUAAAAUGAAAAUAAAAUAAUUUUUUAAAUUCCAUUACCAUGUGCUAGGUAACAGUGACUUUUUAAAUGUGAGUUAAAUAAUGCAUUAUACUUUGAGUAGGCCACAGUAACUACAGAAAAUCUUUUGACAAGGAGCUGGAUUACUUGCUUCAAAACCUGGCUCCACUUCUUACUAGCCAUGUGACCUUGUUACUUACUUUCUGUAUGCAUUGGUAUCCUUAUGUGUAAAUUGGAAAUAAUGAUAGUUCCACUUCAUAGGGUGGUUUGAGGGAGAAUUAAAUAAGUAAAUAUGUAGUCCACUUGGGGCAGUGUAUAACACAUACCUCUCAUUAAAUGUUAGCUAUUCUUAAAUCAUAAAUAUAUUUUUCCAGGUAUUUAGACUAUCUGGGGAGGAAAAUUAAGAAACAGUAAUUUGAAAUACUUCAGUUGGAAUUGUUUUAUAUGUAUGCAACACUUAAAAAUCAUUAGUUGAAAAAUAGUGAUUAUUUGCUUGGGUGAACUGAGAUCAAAUAUGUUAAGUUUGUAAAACAUAAAAUUCAGGUACAGAGGGCAAAUAUGAGAAAAGCAGAAAAUAGAAUCUGCCAAUCUAGUCAGAUUUGAUGACUCAAAAGCUCCUAUGCUCUGGCCUUGAUAACUAGGUCAGGAAAAGUCAAGUCCAGUUUACAGAUCUGGAAUGAGGGAAGGUCAGGAAUUGCUGGGUUCCCUUAGGUUUCCUUUGUUACAGGUCCUUGGCCUCAUGUGGAUAGAGAUUGGGCCUUCAGUUCCAGGCUACUCUUGAAUUACCUAGGACGAAAGGGUUAGCAGACCCUAUGGAAAGCAGGAUGCCAUGGGCUGAUAAUUUUGUGAUAUUAUUUGAGGAGAUUGUAAGGAGACCUAGUUAAGAAAAUAAAUUUUUUAAAAAGUAUAUUCUACCCAGAAACAUACUAAUAGUGUGCAAAUAAGGACUAGUCAUUUGGCCUUUAUAUCAGUUGUCUCUCAGUCAGUGUUUGUUCUGAUUGCAGUUACUGUGUAUGUUGUGAAGUAAUAACCACAUUACUUUUAAAAUAUGCUAUAAUUUAAUCAGCCUCCAAUUAGCCCAGAUUAGUGAAGGUUUUUAUUAGGUUAAUUCAAAAAUAGUACUUCAAAUUAUUUUGUAUUGUAUAGUCUUGCUUGUGUUUUAUUAUAGUCAUCAUUAUAUGUGAUAGAGAAAAGACAAUUUAUAUACCAAGAGCUGAUAUAACAACCAAAGAGUUGUAUGAAGAUAAUAGAAUCUUUAAUCUCUGUUAACAGUAAUGUAUUUCAUGACAGUUACCGAAAUAUUUAUGGUCUUUAUUUCCAUCAGACAUUAACGAAAAAACUUGAGAACUCUCAAUUUGGAACAUGAGAUAAUGUGAGCUUCAUGGAAAUCUGUUGCUCACAUCUCCUCCUUCAGAAAGAAAAAUUGACUGAGAACCCCAGCUGCUGCCCUUUGGCAUCCACUACUAUGUUCUUAUUGAGGUCCCCACCAGUGACUGAGCAUAUAGAUGCUAUUAAUGCCAGCCCUUUCCUGUGAUGGGUGAAUUUGGUUCAACAACUCCCCAUAGGCCUGCUCAAAAUUUUUUUAGGACUGUGCUGCAAUCCAAGACUUCCUACCCAAUUCUCAUUUUCUUUCCUCUCCUUCACCAUUGUCAGAUCCUACCUGCUCCUCCUUUUUAUCAUUCACAGAUAUCUCCCCCAAUACAUCUCUUUUACUUUUAAUCCAGUCUUGGCAUCUGUUUCUUAAAGAAUCCAAAAUAACAUGGAUGAUUUUUUUUUACAUUUUUUAUUAUGAAAUAUAAUGUUAUAUAUUUCAUAUUAUUUCAAAUAUAUAUAUGUUAACAUAUACUGAAAAGUGAUAACUUUCAAGUACAAUUUAACUAGUCGGAGAGUAAAUUUCAAAGGAUGUUAUGGGUUACAGUUAAUAUGGAUGAUUUUUAAAACACACUUAUAAGCAGGUUUUCAGAAAAUGUCACUGGCUUUUUGCAGUAUAAUCAUAGUUUAAAUAAUUUUACAUUGCUUGGUGUUAUGGAUUGACUUGUGACCCCCAAAAAGAUAUGCUGAAUUUGUAAUCUCCAGUACCUCAAAAUGUGACCUUAUUUGGAAAUAAAGUCAUUAUGCAUAGAAUUGGGCAAGUUAAAAUGAGGUCAUACUGGAGUAGGAUGUCUCUUAAUCCAGUAUGACUAGUGUCCUUAUAAGAACAGAAAAUUUGGACAGAGAAGGGACAGCCAUAUAACAGAGGCAGAGAUUGAAUUAUUCCACAAGCCGGAGAUCACCAUGGAUUGCUGGCAAACCAACACCAGAAUUCUAUAGACUUCAGAGGAAGUGUGGCCCUGCCAACACCUUGAUUUUGGACUUCUAGCCUGCAGAACUGGGAGACAAUAAAAUUCUGUUAUUUUGAGCCACACAGUUAAUCAUACUUGGUUUCAGCAGCCCUAGCAAACUAAGACUCGGAGGGAAUUCUGGGAAAUAAGUUGACCUUUUAUAUGUAAGACUCAUACCAUGAAACCUUGUACAUAGUAGGGAUUUUGGUUGAAUUGAAUUAUGUCCAGCAUUUUCUCUUUCUUUGAUGUCAGUUGCUAUGACCUACUAUCAGUCAAAAUAUAAUUUUAACUAUUGAACUUUUAAGAACAAAUUUAAAAGCCAUAUUCUGGUAUCUAAUAACAAAUAUUAGUUGGAUGGCUAGAGUAGUUUCCAGUGAGCAAGUUUUGUAAUAGCAGUUAAUGAUGUGUCAGCAAUUUUAAUAAUUUCAGAAGAGUACUUUUUUUAAGUACAGCAUAAGAAUGGCAGGGGGUAAUUAACCAAUGUUGAUUGAUCAAUUAGGAAGGAAAGUAAAAUGAAGGUAUAUGUAUCAAAGUGCCUGGAAAGUUCAUUCAUUCAGCUGAUUCACUUAAUCAAUGUCAGUUGCCCACUUUGUGCCAGAUACUAUGCUAGGCUCUUCAGAUUUGAUGAUGAAUGAAACAGAGCCCCUCCCAUCCUGGCAUAAAGUCUGGUGGGUUUGAUUUGCAUUUAAGAACAGUUCCAGAAGGCAGCUGAGGACUAAAUGCAUUACAGGUACUUCACCCCAAACAAACCAAAGGGAAUUUCAUAACUUUGGUGAGACUAUUCCACUUCUGGAGCUUUUGGUACUAAAUGACUCUUCAAAUACCUGAAUUUUCACCUCUUUAAAUCAAAACUGACUCUGUGGAAUAUUUAUUAAUUAAGUAUUCAUUCCAUGAUCAAACAUGUUCUGAUUUUGCUGUAAUCCUCCCUGGACAUUGAUCAAGAAGAUAUGGAGUAAGCAGAGUGAUAUAAUUAAGAUUCCUGGACAUACAAGUAGCCCUGAGAAGAGUAUUUUUUGGUGGGCAUCUAUCUCUGCACAAUACUGGAACUAAAGCUGCCCCACCUUCACUAAGCUUGGAAUGUUUGACCUGAAUGAAUUAUAAAGAUUAUUGUACUAUCCAUGAAUGUGAGGCUGUGUUCUUGUGAAUAUUGAUAAAUAUUUAUGAUUAAUAAAUACUUAAUAGCAGUUGUG